AUGACGGAAAAUCGCUAUCGACCGAGCUCCCCUCCGGGACGCCGGUACGCAGACCCUCGCGCCUCGACCGGCAUGUUCAUAUCCUCCUCAUUUGACCCUGCCCGAUAUUCAUCUUCCUCACAACCCCGCGGUGUCAUCGACACAUUCCCGGCAGCGCGGCACGGAGCCGUCUAUAGCACCCAGGGCAUAGCCAAGAGACAAGUGCUUGACGACACUCAUCCAGGUGGUGGCUCGAUUGUGCGGACUGAGUAUGCCGUCCGUCCAAGGACGAACUCGACGCUGGAGAAUCGCAGGCCGGUCAGCACAUUCGCCGAGCGUCGCUCUUCUCCACCUCGAAUUCGACCGGCAGUUGUCAGCGGCCCCUCUCGCGACGAUCCACGGAGUCCAGCUUUGGCACCCAGGGAGGAGCAGCGAUAUCUCGUCCCUGCCGCUUCCACAGGUCGCCAUCACCACCGCCACGCGAGCGCUACUCGCGCCGAACAGGACCGUCUUCUGCCCGCCAGAGUCAGCAGACAACCCGAAUACCAUCGUCGAGGCGGCUACAAUGCUUAUCCCUCAUAUUCGACGUCACGGGCCCCGCUGCAAGAUGAAGGCUUCUCAUACACGACGCCGAAAGAGCAAUUUUUGUCCGAAUCAUCUCGCCCGCCUCAGCGGCGAGACAGUUAUAGUAGACGGGAACGUCCGGUGAGCAUGAUAGGUUUGCCGGAGUAUAGAUUGCCUGCAAGGAGAGACACCCGAGAUGGGCCCCCUCCGUCUUCGACACGUGCUUUGGAUCGGAUCGAGAGGAAUGAACCGCUACGACACACGAGUGGUCGCACCAGCGACACUGAAGACCGGGGGAGCGACUUGCCCCGGCGUCGUCAUUCCACAAGAGCCCCAGUCCUGCACCAUUAUCCCGAAGACGGCUACUCAUCGAAUCGAGAUGAUCGAGACGGUCGACCAUUGGUUAGACACCGCCCUGAUCGCCAGGAGGACGAUGGGAGACCGAGGCAUAGACAUCGUGAUGAACGCGACAGAGAAUCAACACGGGACCUUCCACGCGAGUCUGAUCGUGUCCGUGAGCGGGACCGAGACAGAGAUCGCGACCGAGAUCGGGAAAGGGACCGCGACCGCGACCACACCGUGAAAAGAAUUCAAGAAGCUGAAAGGACCGGCAAGCCUCACAGCCGUGACAGUAGCCCGGAUCACUCUGGGCUACGCAAAGGUAUUACUGCGGCUGCUGUGGGUGCUGUCGGCGCGGCGGCUGGAGCGGCCAUCAAGAACGCCCGGACUAAAGAGGAUGAAGGGUCGGAAAGUGAUGGACGCCAGGAGCGGAAGCACAGGAGACGACGUCACCACCACACCAGUGAUGAACCAAGCCCAGAUGACCUUGCUGGCCGUCUGGAUCGUGAUCUUAAAUUGACCAAUGGAGAUCGUGGACAUCGUCGACGAGAUGAUGACCGGAGAGGAGACGACGUUGAGGAGGAUGAAGACCGCCGCGAAAGACGGAGGCACCACCGCCAUCGGAAGCAUAAAGAUCGCGACAACGAGUCGGACACCACCGAGGAUUAUGAUGGGAGAGAGUCCCGCCACCGCAGAUCUGAACGGGACCAUCAAGAGGAUCCUCGACAUCACCGGGACAGUGCAGCCUCUCGCGAGGAGGAUCGAGACGUCCCAAAUCUUGAACAGCGCACAAUAUCACCUGGUGAUGAAGAAGAUGGCCGCCCUCGCAAGGUCCAAUUGGUUGAGCCAGCCGAGAAGAAGGAGGAGUACAAACCCAAGGGCAUCCUCAAACCGCCCCGAGAGGUGCCUUUCCCCGAAGAUCCCAACCCUACUCGUGAAGGGGUCGCACCAUUGAAGGAUGCGCAAAAGGACGGAAUACCACCAAACGCACGAUGGACGAAGAUCAGUCGAGCGCUGGUGAAUCCGGAAGCACUUGAAAAGGCACACGAGAGAUACGAGGAGAGGGACGACUAUGUGAUCAUCUUGCGAGUGGUAUCCAAAGAGGAGAUUAUGAAGUUGGCAGAGAAGACAAAGGAGAUCAGAGAAGCUCGAGAGCGCAAAUGGCAAGCUGAACUCGAAGAGAAGCGCCGUCGUCGAGCAGAGAGAGGAGAGUAUAGUGAUGAGAGUAGUGAAUCUUAUACCGAUGACGACCGCCGGCCAUUGCCUGCUCUGGAGCAAGCACCGCCUGUCCAAGGUUUCCAAGGCGACCCGAGAGUUUACUUCGCCCAGCAGCAGCAACAGCAGCAGCAGAGAGAGGAGGUGCCUAUUGCGGCAGCGGCGCCUCCACUGCAGCCCGGCAUGCCCAAUGUGGCUCCGCCGCACCAAGGUCUUGGAUCAACAGCGCCAUAUCCGCCUCAACAAGCGGCCUCAGCGCAGCAGCAGCAGCACCCAACUAUGCCUGUACCAGAUAUCAGGGUCGAGCCAAAUGUUGGGAAUUAUGCGAACAAUGUUUAG